AAGCGUUCCAAACGAGAAUUGGAUAGUACAAAUUUAAAGUUCACACUGAUAAAGCCGAAAUUUCGAAUUAAAACAUUGCAGCCAAGCUAUCAUGAGAUAUGGAAGCUGAAAAGAAUACCACAUCGAACAAUAAUGCUGUGAAUGUACCUCGUUUGGAGCCAACCGAAAAGGACCAAAAUUCCCAGAAGCGCGAUGAUAUAGAUGCGCGUAUAGCCCGAAUUGACUUUCGCUGUUCUGGGUGCUAUAUGCAUGAGCUUGUUCACUACUUUGGAAGAGAGCCCCCUUUCGCUUUAGGCAUUCGGUAUAAAGAGGACAAUUAUGUGUUGCGGGAUCCCUUCCAGCCGCCUCCUCAGGCAGGCAGACCCGUUCCCGAAUAUUAUAUAUCAAUGGGAUCGAAAUGUUCCAGUUGCUUAAAAAUAGUUUGCAAAAGUUCCGGGUGCAGCUUCUAUUACACAGCAACCUUUUGUGUACCUUGCGGCAAAUCUAAGCUAAAAGAUUGGCCUGUGGAUGCUCAAACACGCUUCCGAAAACAACUAUCAGCAAAUCAAAGUGACUAGUAAACCUACAAAUAAAUUGUUAUAAUAAUAUUGGAAAACUA